GCAGAGGUGGUUGCUCUGUGUCAGGUGUCCCGGAUGAAGAGCCUGGGGUCCCUGUCGCCCUCUGCUGAGCUGGUGUUUCCAGCUGUGCACAGGGACUGAUUGGCCAAGGACCCACAUUGGAGAGCUUCGGAUGCCAUAACAGUCCACGAGAAUGGAGGACGAGGAUUACAACAUGUCCCUCUCCUACAGUUAUGAAUACUCCGAUGAUUUGGAACCCAUUGUGGUUUUGGAGGAGUCUUCUCCGCUGGAAGGCAGGGUGGCCAGGAUCUUCCUGGUGGUGGUCUACAGCAUCGUCUGUUUCCUCGGGAUCCUGGGCAAUGGCGUGGUGAUCGUCAUCGCCACCUUCAAGAUGAAGAAGACCGUGAACACUGUCUGGUUCCUCAAUCUGGCCGUGGCGGAUUUCCUGUUCAACGUCUUCCUCCCGAUGCACAUCGCCUAUGCCGCCAUGGACUACCACUGGGUUUUUGGGACGGCCAUGUGCAAGAUCAGCAACUUCUUGCUCAUCCACAACAUGUACACCAGCGUCUUCCUGCUGACAGUCAUAAGCUUCGACCGCUGCAUCUCUGUGCUCCUCCCCGUCUGGUCCCAGAACCACCGCAGCGUCCGGCUGGCCUACCUGGCCUGCUUGGUUAUCUGGGUCCUGGCUUUCUUCUUGAGUUCCCCAUCCCUCGUCUUCCGAGACACAGCCCAUGUGCACGGGAAAAUAUCCUGCUUCAACAACUUCAGCCUGUCAAUGGCCGGCUCCUCCCCGUGGCCCGCUCAACACCAACUGAACCCUGUGGGGUUCGGCCGGCACAUGGUGGUGACCGUCACCCGCUUCCUCUGUGGCUUCCUGGUCCCUGUCCUCAUCAUCACAGCCUGCUACUUCACCAUCGUCUGCAAGGUGCAGCGCAACCGUCUGGCCAAGACCAAGAAGCCCUUCAAGAUCAUCGUGACCAUCAUCAUCACCUUCUUCCUCUGCUGGUGCCCCUACCACACACUCAACCUCUUGGAGCUCCACCACACUGCCAUGCCUGGCCCCGUCUUCAGCCUGGGUUUGCCCCUGGCCACUGCCAUCGCCAUCGCCAACAGCUGCAUGAACCCUAUUCUGUACGUCUUCAUGGGUCAGGACUUCAAGAAGUUCAAGGUGGCUGUCUUCUCUCGCCUGGUCAACGCUCUGAGUGAGGAGACGGGCCACUCCCCCUUUCCCAGUCACAGGAGCUUUACCAAGAUGUCCUUGAUGAACGAGAGGUCCUCAGUAAACGAGAGGGAGACCAGCAUGCUUUGAGGCCCACCUGGGAAACGUCCAGUGGACACUCCCAUCCUUGGAGGCCCAAAGCUAUGCCUUCUCAAGACCACGCAGGAACCUUUUCAGCACCCACCAAUGCCCACUGCGUUUUGCACGGGGGUGAACAGUGCUUUGAGCUGGGACUCCAGGGCUAGGAGCCCCUUUCUUCCAGUGGCACGGUGGACAGAGCAUGCCAUGUGGCUCAGCCGUGGGCCAGCAUCCCAUGCUUCUUGGGAGACCAGCCUUGACUGAUGCAAAACCAAAAAGGGAGAAUUCUCAAAAGCACUGCCGUGAACUGGGAUUGGCAAACGAUAGCGAGAUUAAGCUACAUACUGUGUGCUCUCCAGGAACGACACAAACGCUCUCCAAGGUCCAUUCCUGGUGUGAGCAGAGGAGGUCAGAGCAAACCCAGUGUGAUGGAGAUCACACCUCGCCCCAUGUACCUAUCUUAGUAGCCGGCCAGAGGUACCACCCUGCAAACCAUUCCUCUGGGUUAGGGCGUGUGGAAUGCACAGGUUACCUGGGAGAGGAAGGUGACAUGUGAGCCCAGGAGCUCCCAGAACCAUGGAUUUGGCUUUCAGAUCAGCUCGGAAGACAGAGAACAGGUCCUAAGGGGCCGUGUGGGCUCUUUGUGAGGACAAGACAAGCCGGGCUGCAUUGAGGACUUGGGGUCUAGGAGAAGGAAUGGAGAAAGAAGAGGAAAGACCCUUCGAAGGGUGCGGCCUGCAGCAACUCACCCCGGAGCCUCCCUGGGUGAUGGUGCUUUGGCCGUAGCUACUUUGGGGUGGGGUGGUGCCAGCCCCUUGCCCCGGGCCCUGCUCUCACUCUGCAUUUGGUAUUUGGGGGCUGGGUCCGGCAGGCAGCUUCACCAGCAGGCCCCACUCCAUCACAGGGAUGCCUCCCUCCUUCUCCAAUCCACUGGCUCUGGCGGGAGGUGCUCAGAAUAAAACACUCCAGGGCGGGGGUUGGGGGGGGCGCAUCUCCUCCUCCUCAACUUCCUCAACGCCUUGCUGAAGACUCGUCCAAAAUCAGCUUCGGGAAGCAACCCGGGAGAGCCUCACGGGCCAAAGAGUGUGUCCGAGGGCUCAGUCACCGAACUCGAAGCCGAAUCUGGAGGCUGACUCCUUGAACUGUGCUUCUGAGAGGUGGGCUGUGGGCGCCGCAGGCACAGAGCUCCCCCUGUGUGCGGCCAUCCUGUCUUUUCUCAUCUAGGACCCACACCUUCCUGUGCUACAGAGCGUCACGGUCCCCUUUAAAAACGACAAAGCUGAGCUCAGAGGAGGGAAGUAACGCCCCCAACGUCACACAGCUAGCCAGAGGCAGACUUAAGAUCUGAACUCACCUCUGUCUGGCCCCAGAAACUCCGUUCUUUUAUGGAUACCGUAUCUAUUGAGAAUAUUCUGGACUAUAAUGAUAGCCUACAUUAUUUAGCACUUCCUAUGUUAAGCACUUUACAUGUGCUAUCUCAUUUAUUCCUCAGCAACCCUGAAUUAGGUACAACUAUUACUUUCUUUUUGCGUAUGUGGUAUCAGGGGCUCAGAGAGGUUAAGUAACUUGCCUGAGGGUGCCCAGCUGGUCUCUGCGAGAGCCUGGAUUUGAAACUAGGUCUGUCUGGCUCAAAUAAAGCUGCAGAGGCUUGGGGUUUUGAGAGAGGCUUGGAGUUUUGACCAUAAAUAUAGAUUCCUCAGCAGAGUAAUGUAAACAUCUUAAUGGCCUUUAAGUCACCUUUGUAAAUAGUUUUCAAAAAUGACCCAACAUAGCUAAGAAAGUGCACUUGGCCUCAGGCUCCCUCGACGUCCAUCCACACACACCCACCGUGGCUCCAUCUCCUGCCUCCUCAGAGAUCUCUAGGGAGGGCGGUGGGGAGAGAGGCCUGGUGGGAGGCAGCCUCUUGUGGGCCCGAGGCCCUUUGGCCUCCAAGCGUCCACAUUCUGUUCUCUUGUAGUCCCUUCGUUGUGAAGCCAGUUCUCCAAGAAGAUGCAAUGAACAGAUGUCAUGUCUACACAGCGCUGGGCAGGUCCUGAGGCCAUGGGCUGUUGGGACUCACACCUCAUUAAGAGACAAACUGUUCCUUCUCUCAUUGGGUCAUCGUGCUGAUUGGCGAGGGAGCUCUCAAUUCACCCCAAGUUGGGGCCGCCAGUUGCUUCAAGAAAUCUGAACUCGGACAGUUUGCAAACAAACAGGGUAGCUCUGAAUAUUGCCCAGUGCCCCCAUGAUCCCCUCCCCAGCUUCACAGCAGAAGCAACCAAGGCACAGGGUGGCCCCAGUCCCAGACAGUCAUCAGCCCCUUGGGCCUCUGCCCCUGGACGGUGCUGUUUCCUCAGACUCGUUUCCUCGCUCCUUCUGGGCUGCGUGCAGGCCAGGCCAGGCCGCGGGAGCCAGGCAGUCAUUUUGUCAUUGGAAAAGCUGAUGAACAGGAGCGAGAUUCAAACCAGCUGCUUCCCUCCGUGGGGUCAGGCUCCCUCUCCUUGGCUGCCCCACCAGCCUUCCUGUUCUGACGGUAGGGUCCCAUCAAAUGCUAAAUGCAACCACGACGCCCUUCCGUCUGGUCCACACAGCCUCUUCUGAGGAUCUCCACAGGUCACACGUACAAAGUCCCUGCGUUCACCAAGUGUGUUCACCUGCAUUGCUCCACAGGUAGCCUACACGCUGUGUGCCCCAGAGCCCUCCCUCUGGGACCAGGACCCUGCCGAUGGGGUCUCAGCGCUGCCUCUCGGGUGGGGUGGGUGGGCCGAGGGGCAUGGGGAAGCGGGCAGAGGGACAGGAAGAGAAGAUGGUGUUUGAGGAUGGGGCAGGGCCUGGUGGGAGACUGGGUGGGGGGAGGGAAACAAAGGAAAUGUAGAAUGACAAUGAAGGAAAGGGAUCCUGCAUUUAUACACACCUACUGUGUGUCAGGCAAAGAUCUCAUCAAGCCCUCAGAACGAUCCUGUGAGAAGACCAUGAGUCCCACGUGGGUGAUGCAGAAAGGGAGGUUUGGAUGGCAGACCUCACUUGUCCCGGGUCACACAGCUAGGAAAUGGUGGGGUUGGGCUUUGAACCAGGUCUGCUGCCUGAGCUCCUAGCUUCUUCAGCCCUUGGGAGAAGGGAGA